UCUGAGUAGCAGCGGCAGCGGCAGCAGCAGUUCAGUAACAUUUCAAGAAUUUUCGAAUUGUCGUCGUGAUGGUGCAUGGUCAGAUAACGCAACUUCCUACUACUACUACUCGUCAAUUUCGGACAAACGAAACGUGAUUAUUUUAGUAUUUUAUGGGUUUUUUUUGUUGUUGUCUUGUGUCUUGUUUUGUCUCGUCGGAAGAGAAGUCGUACCAUCGCGGGAUAGUAGUACGCAGUAACGGUUGCAAUUAUUUGUUCUUCUUCAUUUUUAACGAAAUAUGACUAAGAAAUAUGUUUUGAACAGAAUGGACGUUACAACGGGGGAGAGUCGGGGAAAGCGGUUGCCUCAAUACUUGGCCGCAUUAUCAGUUUGUUUGGGUUCGGUAGCUGCCGGAUCGGUGCUAGGUUGGACCGGUACCAUAUCGGAGGUUUUAAAAAAAUCAGCUUUAAACGGCAUUCCGGUAGACGAGAACGUCCUAGGAUGGAUCUCUGGAUUCGCCACCCUGGGUGCUAUGGUCAUAUGUUUUCCUAUUGGUUUCAUAUGUGACUAUAUUGGAAGAAAAUGGGCGUGUCUUUUAACAAUUAUUCCAUUUACCGUGGGAUGGUUACUGGUAAUAUUUGCUAAUGGUACUGCCAUGUUAUAUAUAGGAAGGUUUCUAACUGGAAUAGCAGGUGGUGCUUUUUGUGUAGCUGCACCGCUCUAUACCAGCGAAAUAGCCGAAAAAGAAAUCAGGGGAGCGCUAGGAAGCUAUUUCCAACUAUUGCUUACCGUGGGAAUUUUAUUUGCCUAUGUUUUGGGUGCUUUUUGCACGCCGCAAAUGCUGAGUAUUAUUUGUGCCUUUAUACCGAUCCUUUUUGGAUUGGUAUUCUUCUUUCAACCCGAAACUCCGGUGUAUUUAUUGAAAAAACGAAACAGGUCCGGAGCUUUGAGCAGUUUACGGAGAUUACGGGGAGAAGCGUAUAAUAGCGAAAACGAAAUUAGAGAAUUACAGGAACAAUUGGAUAGGAGCGAACAGGAAACUGUUUCAUUCUUUCAAGCUCUACAAACUAAGGCCGCAAAAAAGGCUCUUUUCAUUUGCUUCAGUUUGAUGAUCAUUCAGCAGUUGAGUGGUGUGAAUGCCGUCAUCUUUUUCACCUCUACCAUUUUCGCUAGCACGGGAGGCUCUAUCGAUCCAAACUAUGCUACCAUUGGAAUAGGAGUUGUUCAAGUCACGGCCACUUUUAUCGCAUCCCUGGUAAUAGACAAAUUCGGCCGGAAAAUCCUGCUAAUUGGAUCAGCGAUAUGCAUGGCAUUGUCCGGAUGUCUCCUGGGAAUCUACUUUUCAUUGAACGAUCGUCACUUGGUCAGCAAGGAAAUUAUCAGCGAUCUCGGCUUUUUACCGAUCGUGAGUCUCGUGAUUUUCAUCAGUGUUUUCUCGUUGGGUUUUGGUCCGAUCCCUUGGAUGGCCGCUGCUGAAAUUAUGCCACCAGAAAUCAAAUCUACUGCCAGUUCUGCGGUCGCCACCUUUAACUGGUUCCUGGCUUUUAUCGUAACCAGGUUUUUCAAUAAUUUGGUUGUUUCAAUAGGAGGUGACGUGACUUUCUACAUUUUUUCGGGAAUCUCGUUGGCGGGCAGCGUUUUCGUUUUAUUGUUUGUUCCGGAAACGAAAGGCAAAACCACUCAAGAGAUUCAGGACAUUUUAAGCGGAGUCAGGCCUGGAAACGCCGACAGUAAAGGAGUGGAAAAUCCCAAUUUUAAGAGUUAAUAAUUAUUUUUUAAAAGUACAUUAUUUGUUAAAGUUCCUCUUGUUUUUAAUGGACCUUGCGACAUUUAUUUUUUUAAGGGUAUUAUAUUGUUUACGGUUCUCCUUGAUGGUUUUAUGAAUUAUUUUUUUACAUUACCUUUUUACUGAUAAUUUUGUAUUUAGAUUUAUUAUUUUAUUAAUACAGUAUUAAUAAUACAAUUAAUAUUGUAUUUAUAGGGACUGCGACAAUCAUGGUUGAUCAUUAAUAUUAUAUAUAUAAACCAAAUGUAAAUAUUAUUAUGAAAACAUUUAUUAGGGUAAUUAAAUCUUACUUAAAUUAUUAUUAUAGUAUUAAAAGAUUAUUUAUAUUUAUGUAAAGAAUAAAGUUUGUUAAAAUAUUUUUAAAUCUAAAA